GAAAAUGGCUGCGGAAUGUAACUAAGCGAAAGUUCUGUAUGAGUUUCGGCUUCAAAAACGGCUAUUGUGAAACAUGUAUGAAACUGUAGUUCAGUGUGAAACAAUUUUAUUGGUCAGUGCGUGUGAACAUUUCUGGAAAUAGUGUGCCGUUGUCAGUUUAAAGAGUCGGUGUUUUAAACUUUACGGACUUUGAAAAUUGUGUUUAUAACCUGUGUUUUUGGACCGUUCUGUAUAGUUCGUUGGACGAAUUGUGGUGUUUAUUAAUUGGAUUUUAGUAGUUGGAUUUGAUUGAGUGGUUUAAAGUUACAAACAUUUGCCAUGCGUUUUAGAACAACCUGUUAAAAAGUACACUGAACUUUUGUGUUUACAUUCAAAACUUGCGAAUUGUUAUUUCCGAAUUAUGAAUUGAUGAGCCACAAUCGCGGCAGAAAUGAAUAAAUAUGCAACAUUUCCAUUCAAAAUGCAUAUGGAUACAACGCAGAAUUAAAUAACCUUCGUCGCAAGUCAAGAAAAACAGUAAAGGAAGUUUUAAGUUAAGUUGCGCCGCGAAACGUCACAUUCAAACGUCCACCGCCGUGAAAAAUGCGUGCGUACCACGAAUGACGAAAACGAACAUUGCCGUAUAAACAAUGGUAACGUACGGGGCGUUGUAAAUUCGGGUGUCGCAAGUGCGCCAUGUAAUGAGCUGCCGGUAGGACAACACGCUGGAUCGAGCCAACAGUGGUCCAGGGGGUUGCCUCGACGGCGGUGGGACCGUACCCCCCGCCGUCCCUCAGCCCCCGGGACUAGCGCCCCUUCAUCCCGAAGUCACCCCGAAACAGGAGGUGGUAGAGAGACUGCGACGUAGAAUAGAACUCUAUCGUACGCGACAAAUACAGUGUAUGCCGCGCUACGAUCAAUCGUUCACGGGACUGUGCGAGCAGAAUCUGCAGGACACGCUGCAACUCAAGCAGCGCUAUCUCGACACGAAGACCAAGCGGGCGCCCAAAACGAAGGACAAGAAGCAACAGGACUCAAUCCAGAGCAGCGUGCACGUGCAGCAAAAGUUCCUGAAACGAUCGGCGGAAGAGCACGAUCCGGGAGGGCCUAACGACAAUUUCGAACCACCUGUAAAGUUACAAUGUACAACGCAACAACACGGCACUUCUCAUCAAAACGAAGGCCUAACAAAAUUCUCAGUGGAGAUCGUCCAGCAGCUGGAGUUCACCACGUCGGCAGCUAACUCUCAACCGCAACAGAUCUCGACGAACGUCACCGUCAAAGCGCACACAAAUGCCUCGGUCAAGAGCGACGUCUCGUCGCCGAAGUCCAAUCCCUCGACGCCGGCAUCCGGCAUGCAGCAGAAGUCGAAUAUCGGCCUCGACGUCGGCACGAUAGUCGAGUGCGUCAAACAGGAGCCGGACAACGAUUUCGCCGACCUGGACCAAUGCGCGGCCGCCCUCGAGAAGGACGCGGCCGCGAACGGCGGCGCCGCCUUCGGGGGAUUCCCCGAUCUCAUUGGCGACGACACGAACGACGAAAUAAUGUCGGCCGCUGCAUUUAAAGACUUGAUCUCAGAUAUAAGUAGUUAUCCAGAUCUGAUGAAGUUCGACUUUGAGGAGAACAAACCGGCCGAGAAUAACCAGAACGGUCUAAAAACGGAGGACAUCAAGGAUCUCCCGACCAUACCGGCGGACAACGUGAAGAACACGCACAGUCCCAUAAUCCCGAACCAAAACAACUAUUCGCCGCCCGUGUUCGACGGCCAGAACAUGCAGAAGAACAUCAUACCGCCGUACUCGAACAUGGACUUCACCAAGACUGAACUGAGUCCGGCCGCGCAAACGCUCAAACAAAUGGCCGAACAGCACCAGCACAAGAACCAGAUGGGCCUGUCCUUCAAUCCGAAUACGAGGGCGCCGAAUCCACGGUCGCCCUACACCGACUUCCAGUUCCAGGGUGAUUACGGCAGCCCCAACUCGAAUCCCGGCUUCCACAAGAACAGCCCGAACUUCCCGAAUCCGGACAUGAUCAAGCAGGAAAUGAUCUUCCAGGGCAACGAGUUCGAGAUGAAGCGCAAGAGCGCCGGCAUGUACAAGCAACCGUACUCGCCGUACAGCAGUCCGAGCGCCAGCAGCCACGGCAGUCCGGGGUACUUGCCGUCGCGCGGCGCCCAAGCCACGAACGCGACGCCCCAGGCUGCCGCCUUUGGUGGCGGCACACCGCCCAGACCGCCCUCCGGACCGGGCGGCAACAAUGGGGGCUCCACGCUGCAGAUCAAUCAGGCGCAGCAGCUCAACAUCAACCAGCAGAGCCAUGGACAUUCGAUUCAGGUAUCUGCUGGCCAACACCUGCACUUGAGUGGCGACCUGAAGGGCUCCGUGUCGAUUGCCACGCAACAAGGCAUGCACUUCAACCAGCAUGGCGCGACAAACGGCAACGGUCAGCCCCAGAACGCCCCCCAACAGAAUCCCAUUUCCCAGUCACAGUCCCAGUCCAUGCACGCAAACCUGAACUCCCAACACGGCCCCACCAUGUCCCAAUCGCAAAGUGGGCCGCAAAUGGGCAGCACAAUGCAGAUGCCCAAUCCGCAGAUGAACCAGCAACAGGGACCAAUGGGCGGCAUGCAGAACCAGAACAUGCAGGGCGGCGGGAACAUGCAAGGUGGCAUGGUCGGGGGUCCGGGCAUGCAGCAUCCCGGGUCCAUGCCUGGGAAUAUGGGAGGACAGAUGUCCGAAUCUUACUCCAUGUCACAGAGUCAGACCAUCAAUUUUACGCAGCAGACGCUGCGGAGAGCCAAUGGACCAGGAGGAGUGCCGAAUACUCUGGGACCAAACGGACCAAUGGGCGCCAACGGCAACGUGGGUCCUAACGGACCGAUGGGUCCAGGCCAACCUGGUCCCGGUCAGAGGUUGCUGAACGCCCAGACCAUGGAGCAACAGAAGCUUUUGCAUCAGCAACAGAUGUUGAGAGCCCAACAUCAGGCCGCCAUGCAGCAAAUGGUGCGGCCGCCCCCACCUGAAUACAAGGCUAGCGCAGGCAUGAUGCAGGGUGUACCGCCACGAUAUGCCGCAGCGCCGCCCAACAUGCGGAGGAUGCCCCACCAGCCUAUGCCUCCAUCAGGUCCAAUGAUCAGGUCGAAUAUGUAUAUGAUGCAGCAGCAACAACAGCAACAAAUUACUAGGACAAUGUAUCCCAGGCAACAAGCUCCUAUGGGAAGCAUAGAGACCAUGCAGCAUGGAUCAACGGAAUGGCGACACAUGAUGAUGAGCCAACAGCAAAGCUCCAAUUUUAACAAUAUGAGGCCAAACUUCCAGCAAACAGGUUUCAACAUGAACUCAGGAAAUAUGCAGAUGAAUCCAAUGCAGCAACAUCAGCAACAGAUGAGAUCUCAAGGAAUGAUGGCAGGCAACAUGGGUAGCAGUCAGCAGAGCAUAGGUCAAGGACAGAUGAUAGCACAAGGGGGCGGUCCAAUGUCGCAGAUGAACAAUAUGAGCCAGGCAAUGCUCAACCAUUUGCAGCAGCAGCAACAGCAACAAAACAUGUUGCAACAACAACAACAACAACAGCAGCAGCAACAACAAAAUUCUCAAAUGUCAAUUUCAAGCAUCCACAUGCAACAGUCUCAGUCCAUCACAGUCAACAACCAGACCAUGCAACAGCAACAGCCUAACAUGAACAAUCAACUGACCAACACCAGCUCAAAUGGCAACAAUCAGAGUAACGCUUUGAGCAACUUUAAUCCCCAGGCGGACUUCAACUUUGAAUUCCUAGACAAUCUUCCCACGACGGAUUCCGCCGCGUUCACUGAUCAGGAGUUGCUCAGCUCGUUUGACACUGAUCCAGGCUUUAAUUUUGAUAUUUAAAGAAAUUUUAUAUAAUUUUUGUUUAUAGUUUAUAUAUAUUUUUGUAUAUAUUUAUAUUUAACUGUGGUUUAUGUUGGAUUUAUUUAGUUAUGUUUUACAUAAGCAUUUUUAUGAACGGUUGUUCCAGUCAAGAAAUUGCCCAAGUUAAUUUCGUAGUUUUGAUGAGUAAUGUCACAAAAGAGUACAAAUUCGCAAUACUUUAUUAAUGGAACACCGUCCCUUCAAUUCAUCACAUAAAACAUUUUUACAAUGCCAAGCAUUUUUUGUACAUUUUAACUACUAGUUUCACUUUUUAAUCAACCAGUUUUUUUAACUUUGUUUUCUAGUUUUAUACUAUGUUGCUCAAGAUUUACAAAAUUGACUAUCCAUGUGGCCUAAUUUUCAUAAAAUUUUUAUUUUUGUUUUAGUUUUAAUUGGAAUCUAUUUCUGUUUAUCAAGGCAUAUUCUUUUAUUGUUAUGUUGUGUCUGUUUAAGCAGAUUUGGAUCUGACAAUGUUUUCAUGAAAAUUACCAAGCAUUGAAAGAUGAUUUAUUAUUACAACUGAGUGCAAUUAUUGUAAAUAGACAAAAUUUAACUUCUGUUAUGUAUAUUUAAACUCUGUAUGUAGUAAAAUUUAUAUAAUAACACACAUUGAUUAACCAAAUGAUAUUGCUGCAAAUCUGGUUAGGUAAAAAACAAAGUGUGUAAUAUGUAAAUUAUCUUCAAACAAGUAAAACUUUAUAUAAGAUUUCUGACGUUGCUAAACGGAGUAUUUAUAUGCAAUUGUUCACAAUUAUUAGAGUUGUCACAAAAACAAACAAAAUUACAAUUACUGCAACGCCGUCUCAAUUAUAAAGUUAAACAUGUUUUGCAAUUAUUGUAAUUUUGUUUAAAUAUGCUGUAAAUAACAGAAGUGUGCCUGCCGCAUAAAAAUUGAAAUUACACCAAUCCAACGAUUAAUGUAUGAUUUUAUCUCAUGAUUUUGUGAUAUAAUAAUUUUUGUGUAUGUAAUUAUGUGCUUAAAAUAAUAUGGGACGAUAAUCGUAGAUCUGUGAUGGGUGACGUUUGUAAUUUUUGACAUAUACAGUAGCUCAUAACAUUAAUAUAGUUAUUAUAUUAACAGAAAUCAAAAUAAUUGAAUCUUGAAAAUCAUAUCAAAAUAUUACAAUUUUUAUAACAAUAGAAUCUCAUAAGAAUAAUCAGAAUUUUUUCUUAAAGUAUUUCCUGACGGCUAAAAAGUGAUAUUUUUAUAUAUUUAUUACAUUUUGUACGUGUACAUUUAUACAAGCAACAUUUAGAAAGUAGGUAUCCAAAAAUUAUGAAAAAUUUUCUUCAAGUUUAACACAUCUAAUUGGAAAUACUUUUUCAAAGAAACAUAUAUUUAGUAUACCGGUAGUAUAUUGUUGGAUAAUUAUGGUGAAACACAGUUCAUGUGUGAUUUUAUUUUUCCAAAGAAACAUUCUGUGUUGUUCAAAAAUAUACUCCCUAAUAAAUGAUGAGUAUUACCAAUUUUAUAAGUUUAAUGAUGCUGCAUAGAUAAUUAACUUUUCAAAAAUCCGCUUUAUAUAAUUAAUCGCUCCAUUUCUUACUAUUAAUAAAAACUAAAUAAGUGUCAGUAUGAAAACAAUUAGUCAACUUAGUUUGUAUAUAUUAAAUGUUUCUACAUAUAAGAAUCAAAGUUAUAAAGUUAUUUAAAAUUUAUGCUAGUAGUAGUCAAUAUUUAGCGAAUUUUUCAACAGAUUGUAAUAAUCAAUUAGGAUUUGUUAGACAAUGUGGAAUGUUGACAUGGCUUAAGUAUGAAAAUUGCGUUGGUCAUAAAAUGAGAAAGAUCUCAGUAGGUAUAAUUGCGACAGCUAUUAUAUAUUAAAUCAAUUAAUAUUUCUUCCAUUUGUACAUUCCAUGAUCCUUUUGGUAUUGUAAUAAUACAUUUUCCAUUAAAAAGAACAGUAUUUGUUACACAGACAACACUGUUUCAGUAUUUAGUAUAACUAGUUGAGUAACAGACCACAGUUUCAUUUUUUAUUUAAUUUAUGUGUGUACUUAGACGAAAUAAAUUGUUAAAUAUUCUAAUUUUUACAAACAUACAAGAGUUUAUAUUUAAAGUAUAUAUUCCAUGUUUUGUAGAGUUAUCAUAAAAUCAGGUGAUUAAAUAUAAUAAAUAUCUAUGAUAGAA